AUGAACAAACCAGAGGCAGUCGGAAGAAUAAUCCAGUGGGCAAUUGAACACAGUCAAUUUGACAUUGAGUACCAUCCUAGAACAGCCAUCAAGGCGCAAGCUUUGGCAGACUUCAUCGCAGAGUUCACCUUUCCGAACGAAGGCAGUUUCACCGACGAAGUCAAUCGAUGGACGAUACAAACUGAUGGUUCUUCAGCCCAAAGGAGGGGGGGAGUAGGGGUCGUCGUAAUCACCCCUGACAAAGAGAUACUCAAGUAUGGAGUUCAGUUGAAAUUUUCGGCUACCAACAACGAAGCUGAAUACAACGGGAUACUGACAGGAUUGAGGCUCGGAAAGGCGCUUGGAAUUAAGAACCUGUUAGUCCAAAAUGAUUCAAAGCUAGUGAUCGGGCAGAUCAGGGGAGAGUACGAAACAAAGGAAGAGAGAAUGCAGAAAUACCUCAGGCUGAUGAAACAUCUAACUCAGGAGUUCGAUAUGGUGGAAUUUGUACAAAUCCCAAGAAGUCAGAACAUGGGGGCAGACGAAGUCUCAAAGCUAGCAUCAUCAGAAGAAGGGAAGAUUAGCAUGGACUUGGCGAUAGAAGUCCAGAAACACCCCAGUAUUGAAGAAGUUCCAACAUUCACAACCCAAAGCGCAAACAGCUGGAUGACACCAAUAAUAUCUUUCCUCCAGGACGGGCACCUCCCUCAGAAUACAAAAGAAGCUAAAAAGAUCAAGAAGAGGGCAGCCAGAUUUACUAUCCUCAAUGACACCUUAUACAAGGGAGGCUUCUCCAUGCCUUACUUGAAGUGUGUCGACGAAGAAAAAACCAGAUACAUACUGAAAGAAAUCCACGAAGGAAUUUGCAGCGACCACGCCGGCCCCAGAUCCCUAGUAAACAAGGCAAUACGAACAGGUUAUUUCUGGCCUACUAUGCAGAUGGACGCUGUGGAAAUCGUCAAGAAGUGUGACAAGUGCCAACGAUAUGGGAAUUUCGACAACCAAGGCUUCAGAGACUUCUGUUCAAACCUUGAAAUCAAGAACCAGUUCUCAUCCCCAAGGCAUCCCCAGGCAAACGGACAGACGGAGGUAACAAAUCAGACGCUGCUCAAUAUUAUCAAAGCCAAGCUGGACGACGCGAAGGGUGCCUGGCCAGAAGAAUUACCAAAUGUCCUGUGGGCUUACAGAACCACGGCAAGAACCCCAACAGGGGAAACCCCCUUCAGACUCACCUAUGGCACUAAAGCAGUAAUCCCGGUCGAAGUAGGAGUAACAAGCAUCAGGCAAGAAACAUUGAACGAAGAGUGCAAUGAUGAUGAACUACGACUCAACCUGGACUUUUUGGAUGAAGUGAGAGACAAAGCUUCCAGCAAGAUGACAAUGUACCAGCAAAAGAUGGCCGAAUACUACAAUAAGAGGGUUAAACUCAAACGACUGGACAUAGGUGACCUCCCCUGUGCAAGAUCACCACAGCAACUAGAGACCCUACCCAAGGAAAGCUUGGACCCACAUUGGAAGGACCUUACCGAGUCGUUCGCUACUCAAGGCAAGGUAGUUACCACCUAG